AUGAUGAUGUUGGGGAAUGGCAAGUCAAAGUUGCUUGAGGCUCAAGACAACAGGCAGACGCGUGAUAUUUCCACUUGCGGUUUAGACCGAAACGCGAAGGCACAUGACAUCACGCCGUCUUUGUUGGUGUUUGGUGGUCUGUGCGUCGUUAGAAUUCAGCUCCGUCUGUUUGGCAGUGGAAAUAAGGCUUUCAUUAGGAGUUGGGUAGUAGCGAUAACUGCCACUUCUUCCCCUCGAUGCAACUUCACAUCGACUUUAUCGCCAACUCACUCUCCCGGUCUUAACAUAUCCGAAAUCAUGGAUCCUCGCCCCUAUCACGUUCUGAGCUACGGCACCCUUCUAGGGACACAGUUCUACCAGUCUUUUGUCGGGGGCUUCGUUUCUUUCCGUGCCCUUCCGCGGCCCCAAUUUGCUAGUCUACAGACCGCCAUCUUCCCCAUCUACUUCUCACUGCAAAGUGCGCUGCCUGUAGUGGUCGCCUUGACCGCUUCCUACGGCGGACAAGUCUUGGGUCUGUCUGGUCUCACUGCACCUGAGAACCGCCUUAACACCCUCUUGCCUCUGGCAACAGUGACAGUGACCGGGUUGGUGAACAUGUUCGUGUUGCGUCCCAUCACCACCAAUGUGAUGCGCGAGCGCAAGCGUCAAGGUGCGUUAGCUGCUAGCACUAUGUUUCGUGUAAGAAGGUCAAUUAAUAUUCUAACCUACUCAGAAACCCGUGACGGAAAGAGGAGCUACGACCCGGCGCCUCACUCCAAAGAGAUGCUGGCCCUGAACAAAAAGUUCGGCCGCGUGCAUGGCAUCUCAAGCUUGGUCAACUUGGUCAGCCUGGUCGCGACGAUCUGGUACGGUGCCAUGCUAAGCAAGAAACUUGAGUAA